AUGGACUGGUUUGAUCUCCUUGCAGUCCAAGGGACCCUCAAGAGUCUUCUCCAACACUACAGUUCAAAAGCAUCAAUUCUUCAGUUCUCAGCCUUCAUGAUCCAACUCUCACAUCCAACUUUCACCACUGGGAAAACCAUAGCUUUGACUAUACGGACCUUUGUUGGCAAAGUGGUGUCUCUGCUUUUUAAUAUGCUGUCUAGGUUUGUCAUAACUUCUUCCAAGGAGCAAGCAUCUUUUCAUUUCGUGGUGGGCUCAGCCUCUUGUAAAGCAUGUUUCAGACACUGGCCCCUUCAGUCCUGA